AUGACAGUGUUGGCUAUGACAGUUGACAAACAACAAUGUAAGAAACGUGUUAGAAGAUUUGGAUUUGGUCCAUUGUGUGCUUUCAUACUUUUAGCAUUAUUGGGAUUUGUCUUCUUCAUAACUAGUCUCGUGAUGAUUUGGAUUAAUUCUGAUGAUGUUAACAAAUUUUUAAAUGAUAAAUUUAAAAGCAAUUUAAAGAUUCAACUUUCACAUUUGCCACCCCCACCGAAAAUUUCUUAUACAAUGGAAAAGCCAAAUAAAAAAGGAAAAUCACGUGUCAAAAUGGGAUUUUUAGCAAUUUAUGUUUGCUUAUGUAUCGUCUCCGGUUUAAUAUAUCUCGCGUACAAAGAACUUGAAGAUUUUUUGGAAAAUCAACAAAAGGAACAAGAAAAGGAAAAUGAAAUCAUAAUAACCAUAAGUCAUAUAACUUAA